UCCCUCUUCGGAUGCUUAUCGAGGUCUCUCUCUCAGGACUCAGGAGGGAGAAAGAGAUCGCGAGAUCUCUCUUUGAUUAAUACAACCAUGACAUGGAACCACUGCUUUUUUGCGUUUCUCUUCUUCCUCUCGACGAGCUUGGCGACUUCGAGCUUCAUUUCAGACAAUGUAUUUGAAUCUCAUGAAUCGACAGGCCGGACCCUCCUUCAGGCUAAAAAGAGUUGCACUGUAAACUUUGAGUUCCUGAACUACACAAUAAUUACAAGCCAGUGCAAAGGACCCAAGUACCCCACCAAGCUCUGUUGUGAAGCCUUACAGGAAUUUGCAUGCCCCUAUGCAGAGCAGUUGAAUGACCUCACCAAUGACUGUGCAUCGACCAUGUUCAGCUACAUUAACCUCUACGGAAAAUACCCACCUGGUUUAUUUGCUAGCGAGUGCCGAGGUGAUAAGUUUGGGCUUACUUGUGAUGCACCACCACCAGCUGAAAACGUCAUUGCAAAUGGAGCUCUGAUUGUCCAGACAGUACCACAUUUCUUACUGCUUUUGGCUGGGUCCCUAAUAGUACUAAUUCAGAUGUUGUGAAGCCCUGAUUAUGGUUAUCAUCCGUACUCUCCUGCCAAUUGGACGGUUGCGUUUGUUCUGUAGCUUGUUUUUGUGUUUUGUUUUUUUGCCUUGUUGUAUUAUUAUGUAUCAAAACAGUCUUACUAGAACCGAUUCUUUGAUUCACAUUGCCCCUUAAUUAUGUAUUCGAUUCUUGCGUAAUCAGUUCCAUACACAUUUAUUACUUAUGCAGUGUAUCUUUUAACCAAAGGAUCAGUGGCUGCUCUUGAA